AUGGAUUCCACAGGGAAGCAUGCUUUAAUCUUUGGCGCGUCGGGGAUAUCGGGUUGGUCUCUGAUGAACCAGACUCUUACCUAUCCCACUCCAACAACAUUCCGACGGAUAACUGGCCUGUGCAAUCGACCAUUGUCCAAGAAAGAUACUCUCCUGGCCAAUGAUCCGCGCCUUAAUAUCAUCAGUGGGAUUGACCUGACCAGUUCAGUUGAGGAGAUCAUCGACCAGCUGAAGUCGAAAGUCGAGGAGGUAGAGACGGUCGAUAUUGUGUUCUUUUGCGCAUACAUCCAAACAAACGACUUUCAGUCCCUGAAGAAAGUCAACACCGACCUUCUCCGCGCUGCCAUCCUUGCCAUCAGUGCCGCCGCGCCGAACCUCGAGGCCGUCAUCCUCCAGACUGGCGGCAAAGGCUACGGACUGGAAUUUCCUAAAGAGAUUAACAUUCAGCCACCUCUCCAUGAACAAAUGCCUCGGAUUCCUGAGCCUUGGCAAAGCAAUAUCUUCUACUACGACCAGUAUGAUCUCCUGAUGGAGCUUUCCAAGGGCUCCAGAUGGACCUUUUCGGAAAUCCGACCUGAUGGUAUCGUGGGAUUUGCUCCCAGCUCGAAUGCCAUGAACAUGGCGUAUGGAAUUGCUUUCUAUCUAACCCUCUACCGGGAGAUCUAUGGGGCCGGAGCAGCUGUUGCGUUCCCCGGCAAGCCCCAUGGAUACCGAUCCACACAUAGCGACACUUUCCAAGACAUUCUUUCCAAGAUGGAGAUUUUCGCCGCCCUGAACCGAGACAAAUGUCCGAAUGGAUCAUCCUUUAACAGUGCAGACGGUGAGACGGUGUCGUGGGAGCAGGUAUGGCCUGGUAUAUGCUCCUAUUUUGGCCUCGUGGGCACUGAACCCCGUGACGGCCAGGCCAGUAUGAAGGAAUUUGUACAUGAGCACCAUGGUACUUGGAACCGUCUGAUGGAGAGACAUGGCUUGAAAAGAGGGCUUAUUGAAAACCAGAAUUGGGGACACACUCAGUUUAUGCUGGUUGAUUUUGACUUUGACAGGGAAUACUCUCUUGAGAAGGCCCGUGACGUUGGCUUUAAGGAGUCAAUAGCCACAGUUGUCGGGUACACAACGGUGUUUGAUCGCAUGGUUCAGGCGAAUAUAAUACCAUCGGUUCAUUCCUGA